CAUAAUUAGGGACGAUGACCAUCAUUGUCCGCGUGAGUGGAAAUCCAAAUUGUGAAAUAUUCAAGGACUUGUACCGGUACCUACGCACGGUACUGUGACGUCCGUACGAGUACAUACCAUACCAGAAUACACUUUUUGACAGAAAAAAUUCACUUCAUUUUGAAAGUUUGUUUUUGUGCGACGAAGACUAUUCGAGCCGAACUAUUUCUUUUUGCAAUCCACGAACGCAGAAAGCAGAAAAAAUACUCACAACGACAAAGCGAAGAGAAGGCAUGGGCAUGACAGGAAAGGCAUCGUCCGCACCUUCUGAAGCAUCGGCAUCGGCAGCGGAUGACUCGGCGAACAAAGACGCGAACGAAACCGAUAUGGAUCGGUACAAUCCAUAUGCAGGGAUCGACCCAAACGAUCCGAAUGCCGUCAGCAUUUCGAAGGAAGAAUUCCGAGCCAUGAUGCAAAAGAAAAAGACAAUGGGGAUCCCUCCCCUGAGAAUUCUCCAAGAGAAGUCAAAACAGCGCAAUGCUGCUCCGAACAAGGACGGCGUCGAAUUUCAAAACGAAAGUGUCGUGGCGCCCGACCUCAAACCGAUCGAGAAACACGAAGAGAUCCCGGAGGAACCAGAGGGCGAAGAAACAUCCGAAAACAUUCCACCACCGCCGCCGCACCUGCGAAGGUUUCUCCGGAUGCAAAAGGCGGGCGUUCCAAACGAAGCCAUCCUGCAACUGGCGCGUGUCCAGGGGGUGACCAGCGACGAACAAAACACUCGAUUGCUCGGGCAGCUUUUGGGUGUGAGUGUGGAUGACGACGAAAACGAUAGCGGUGGCGGCCGUGUCGAUCGGCAGGAAGCGUCGAAUUCCCCCAGAGGAGCGAUCCCUCCACGGUUUCGAAAGUUCCUCAAGAUGAAGAAACAGGGCAUCCCCGAGGAGGCAAUCUUGCAAAAAGCGAGAAUCCAGGGAUUCGAUUGCACUGAGUUAAAAGGUUGGCUGUCAUCGUCAUCGCACAGCAAAAGUGAUGACCCGAUUUCGAGAGAUUUUACUGUGACAAACGCCGCAAGCGACGGAGAAAUAGAUCAAAACUUGCAGCGGCAGAAAAAGGCCGAACCAUUUCAUCUAAAGAAGGACAGUAGUGGCCAACCCAAAAAAACUAAAUACAUCAAGAUGCGUAUGAAGGGAAUCGAGAUUCCCUAUAUUCUGGAAUUUGCCUCGAACGACGGCGUGACAGAUACCGAGAUUCCCGAACUGGAAGCCAUAUUGGCCGAGGUAGGCCCUGUGAAAAGGACCAGAACGAUCAUUGCCACUCACAAGGCAUGUGAUACGAGUACCGGUUCAAUCGCCAAGUCAUCCCCGGCGUCUAGAUGCCAUUUCACCCCCAUUAAGAAUACAAAUGAUUCGGGAGCCGAAACCGAAAACGCGCACGAAAAAAUUGCUUUUCACUAUGCAGGAACGUCUGUCUUGGCGUCACUGGUCCGCAAAAUGGUUCAUACGGUCGACAAAACCAGUCGAAGCCGCAGUCGUCGCGAAUCCAAUAGAAAACAUAGAAGUGAAACCAAAGUAGACAUCGGUGACGAUGAUAUGGUGAUCAAUUCCAAGACACUCUAUCAAGCCCUCGGUUCCUUUCAGGGGGUUCAGUACGCCCGUGAUGCCUACAACGAAACAAUGGUGACAACGCCUGGUGCUCAUAAGGAGUCAAUGAAGAAGAAUAUUGGAUGGCUCCGUGCCAAGCGUCAAACUUUUCAAGAGAUUGCAAAAAGCAUUGGAUUGAAUCUUCACUUGAGUCAGGCUUCCAGCAUUGAUGGAUUGGAUGCAUUGAUCGACUACAUCGAAGACCUGUACAAGGAGGAUAUUCAGGAAAGCAUAUCUCUUUUGCAAAACAGCAAGUUGUACGACUUUGAUUCUCUUUCAGCACUGUAUGUGCCCGGUAGUCGGGUUGUAGCAAAGAGCAUUGCCUCCGGAGGAAUUGACAUGAUAUGCAGAGUCUCAUGGAAUCGUAUCAAAAGUGGAAUCACCAUCACUGGAAAGGAAAGCAAGCAAUUUGAGGUUUGUUUCGAGUUUGUAGUAGCAGUGGGGAGUAAUCAAGCUACGAUUGCGGAGGUCGUGGAAGGAAUCGAUCAAUUCGAGGGGCGGCGCAAUAUUUUUUCGAGAGGACCAGAUGGACUUACCUUUAUUCCGUGGAUGGCCUACAAUCAAGAAGAACAAAAGUCUCUAUUGGAGCGAUACCGGCGCAGGGGUAGAAUUUACAAUGAGGUUGCACUCAAUUGUCCUCGAACUUCAAAUCAUUCUAGCAUCCCCUCGUCUUCUUCUAGAUCGACCUUCUCCUACAAGGCCUAUCGGAAGGGCUGUUUCUUUGUCAAACGGAAUGGAUUUGGUGGCUCUACUAGUCCUUCCGUAACCGCACGGGGCAUGGCAACCGGCGGACGAAUCGUCGUGGAUACCCAAGGUGCCUACGAUUAUGGAAAUUCUCUCAAUAUUGGAUACGAUCCCAUGAUAACUGGGAUUCAAUAUAAGAUGAAGGAAUACAAGUUGCAUCAAUCGCGUUUUGCAUCGGGUGCCGGUGGCAGUACCAAGGUUGAUGGGAACAAAUUCAUUGUCGAUGCUGCCGGGAAUUCAUAUUCAACUUCGUCCCCGGUCUCUAUCCAAGCAACUUCUGGUACUGGCGAUGGUGAUAGCGGUGGGAUGGUACUUUUCGAUGUGAUCCCUGAUGACUACUUAGAAAUGGUGUGGCCCUGUGUUCUUGGCUUUUCGUUGACGGCUAAGGCUUGGGGCGAUUGCUUGGUCGAUGGAUUGGAAGACAUCCAAUUCUCGGAAGAUAUUUUUUAUCGAUUAGUUUUGCCAGACAACCGGAAACGACUCAUCAAGGCCCUGGUCAAAAAUUCGUCGCACGUAUCUUCUGCAGGCGGUGAGAUAAGACAAUCCAAAUACAACUUCCAGGAUUUKGUUGCAGGCAAGGGAGAAGGGUCUGUAUUCUUGCUGUACGGCCCGCCUGGGGUUGGAAAAACUCUUACCGCUGAAGCUGUAGCUGAGAUACUGAAACGUAAGAUCAUGGAUUAUUUGGCCCGAAGCGAUGAAGGAGGAUAUUCAUGUUUGCGUUCUAACUUUGUUUUCUUCAUCCUUAAUUUUCUUAUCCGACAUGGUAGGUCCUCUAUAUGCUCUGAGCAUGGGAACGCUUGGAACGACCGCAGAUGACUUAGAACAGCGAUUGGGUGAAAUCCUAAAACUUGCCGCCAAAUGGGAUGCUAUCAUCUUGCUGGACGAAGCUGAUUCCUUUCUAGAAAAACGAUCAUCGGCCUCCUCACUUGAGCGGAACGCGAUGGUCUGUGUAAUGCUCCAGUUGGUAGAAUACUUUUCCGGCAUUCUUUUUUUAACUUCUAACCGUAUGGAUUCGCUCGACCCGGCAUUUCAAACGCGUAUCACUUUGUCUUUACCCUAUCACAACUUGAGUAGAGAUGGCCGUCAACAAAUUUGGAAAAAUCUAUUGCAAAAGUCGGGUGUUCAGAACGUUCAAGAUGGUGAGGGGGAGGUAUUUGGCGAUUUGAUCAAUACGAAGAAACUAGCUAAAUGUCCUCUUAAUGGACGUGAAAUAAAGAAUGCCCUGCGUUUGGCGUUGGCUCUUGCGGCAGAAGAAGAUUGCGUCCUUACGAAUAAAUUGUUGAUGGAGACAUCAGCUAUGGUGAAAAGUGUCACAGAUGACAGUGGCGACACUUACCCUUUUUUAUCUCGUGCAAUUGCCUUUCUAUUCGGUUGGAUUGGUGCCUUGGUGUUUUUCCUUUAUUUCUCCCAAAUGUAUGAUAAUACUAAAAAUUUAAAAUGAAGUGGGUAGCUGUGCAACCACCUGACUGCCUUUGGCAUUGUAUUGGAGUGUAUGAACUUCCUGAUUAUUCUGAUUCAUUGCACAACUACAAGUGUUGUAGCAUUCACUUGCGCCUCUACAAAGAUUCCUUUGAGAGGCGCUGCCCCUCAGAGCAGCUAGGAGCAUUCUUCUCUCCAGAAGUCAUGGCUAUGGCCAUUUUGUACCUCUUCUAGUUCAUGAGAUUAAAUAUAAUAUUAUGAU